AAUUGUUCCCCCAACCCCGUUCCGUAUCCACCUCUCAUAAGUUACAAUGGCUUCCUUAGUACCAGAGACUUUGGAUAACCCACCUCAGCCUUCAGGUGAUGAAGGGAUCCCAGGUCUCCCUGCCCCGCUGCAACAGGGCAAGCCACUCCCCAUUGCAGGAAGUGGUACCAAGCCUGGGGGAGGGAACACCUCGCAAGACUUCCUGCUUCCUCCACCUCUUCUGCCACCGCCCCAUCUCUUUAGCCAGGCGGCUCCGCACAACACCUCUACCGGAGUUGUCUACAGCCUGCCGGGCUCCACCGCAGCAAUGACCUCAUCACCCCCGAGGCUGGUCCAAACUCUCCCGGGCUCCUUCCCUGAUAUCUACGACGGAGACAUGAAGAGGUGGGAGGACCAUUUCCGCAGCAUCCAGAGAGCCUACAAAGAGUUUGGCAAAGAGGAUGACUUUGCGAUCCGGGUGCUCACUGAAGAUUUCACCCUCCCGUUCCCUUUCGCCUGGCCCAGCAAGGGUGAGGCGUCCCGGCAGCUGGCGUACGACCCAUCGGACUGCUCUGGCUUCGAUUUCUUCCUGCACCCAGGGCAACCGGUCCCUCACCUCCUCCAGCCGCUGCAUGCCACCACCCAGGCAUUCUUCAAGAAGAGGCGUUUGGAGCAACUAGCUCUCAGUUACGCCAGCAAAGCGUCCCUCACCGGCGCUCCUGGGCUGCCCACGCCGCAAGAAACGAGUCCCACCUUGCGGCCGGACAUCAUGGUCAUCACCAGCAUGCCGUGCGUGGCUGCUGCGGCGGCUCCCGGCGAGCCGCCUUUCCUCCUGCAGGACGGCAAAGGCCACAGGAACAUCCAACCUGCCCCAAUAGCUAUCCCAAGUUCAGCACCAAUGCAGUCGAUCAACCUUCAGUUCAUGAGCCCCACGCACCAUGGGCAGUUUUAGUCCUCUUGGACAUUCUAGAUCAAAGGAAGGCAACCUGAUGCUCUCCAGGUUUUGAGCUCCCAUCAGCCCUUGCAGCUUGGAUAUUAGUCAGGGGUGAUGGAAACAUCUGCAGGGCAUCAUGUUGGCCACCACUAUUCCAGAUGUUAGCAAUAGUCCCCAAGCAGGAUGUAUU